CGCAACCUACAAGCCAAAGACGAUCAAUCGCAUUCCGUCUCCAAUUGCCUAAAUCACCCAUAUUCGAGAGGUCCGAAAAAAUGUCCUCCCGCAAACGGAACGACCCCUUUGAUCUAGUCGCCAGCGACGAGGACUCCGACCAAGACAAGGGCUAUGAUUCCGCUGCCGACGAAGAGAAGAAAAGUAAAGGCGCUCUAAGGGCUGCGAAGCGGCGGCGGGUUGCGACGCAUACCGAUAAUCUUCAUGGGUUGGAUUCUGAGGAGUCAGAUGCGGAUGCGGGGUUGGAUAGUGAGGUUGAAGAGACUAAGGGGAAGGGGAAGAGUAAAAGCAGGAAGAAGGGCGUUAAUCGUGGUGGAGAGUCUGAAGAUGAGGAGGAAGAGGAGGAGGAGGGGGUUUCUGAUGCUGAAGCUGUCGCUGGCGCCGCUGCGACUCUGACGAAGGAGAAGAAGGGUAAGAAAGACACAAAGGACAAGAAGAAGAAGAAGGAGAAGAAGAAAGGCGUCGUCUACCUCAGCAGUGUACCGCCUAUGUUAAAACCUUUCGCCCUAAAAAACAUAAUCGAAACCCGGGGCUUCGCGCCCAUCACGCGGGUCUUCCUCACACCCGAAACCAAAAGAAAGCAUUCCGCCAACAAACGGCGCAAGACCUACGCAGACGGCUGGCUGGAAUUCGAGUCCAAGAAGACAGCGAAGAUCUGCGCCGCAACGCUCAACGCGCAGCCGAUCGGCGGCAAGAAGGGCGGCUUCUACCACGAUGACCUGCUGAACAUGAAGUACCUGCACGGGUUCAGCUGGAAUGAUCUGCAGGAGCAGAUCAGCCGGGAGCGCUCGGAGCGCGAGGCAAGGCAGCGGGCGGAGGAUUCGCGGGCGCGGAAGGAGGAUAAGGUCUUCCUGGAAGGGGUGGAGAAGGGGAAGGUGCUGGAUGGGAUGCGGAGGAAGAAUGAGGAGAAGGAGGCGAGGAGGCUGGCGGCUGAGAAGAAGGGGGCGGAGAGGGCCGUUGCUGAUGCUGCCGCGCUUGGGAAGGUGCGGCGUGUAUUUAGGCAGAAUGAGGUCCGGUUGGGGAGGGAUAAGAGUACCCAGGAGAUUCAGGACUUGGGAGAUGAUACGAAGAGAGUGUUGGGGAAGAUCUUUUAGUGUGUAUGUAUAUAUGUAUGUACAGGGAGUCAGUGUUUGGCUUGUGCUUGGGCUUGCGCUCGUUUGCUUUUGUUUGGAUAUCCCGAU